UUCAACUGAAAUCAGAACCAAGCCCUACUGCCUGGCGAGCAAGAGGCUGACUAGAGACUCUUUCUCUGAACAGACUCUCAGAAUUUCAGCUUGCCUGCUUGCUUUUUUUUUUUUUUUUGCUGUGAAGGAAAUACUGCUUUUCCUUGCUUUUGUUUUUUUAAGCAAGAGGAGGUUUUCAUGAGAAAAUUUUGUCCCGCCAUCCCUGUGAAGUAGAGCUGUCUUCUCUUCUCCUCUGCUUGUCUUUUCCCGACAAGGUACAUACUGGAUUUUUCCUUGCCUGCCCUGGGCUGUUCCCCGCCACGUGCGUCGGCCGGCAUGCAUAGCCCGUUAAGCCUUCAUUUUUCUCCUGGAGUUAUCGCCCUUGAUGGAAACAGUCUGUGCUUCUCUCUCCGUCAAGAUCUGACUAAAGUAUAGCAUCGAGGGGCGUUUACUGUGGAUACUGUGAGUUGUGCGUGCAUCACCCCGGGGCUCAGGCACUGCCAGGAAGUUCUCUGUCCCGUGAGGGACUUGGGGUUCUGUGUGGUUUGACCCCCUUGAGGCUUUCUUCAUAGAGGAGUCCAGACGGCAGAAACCCCAGCCAGCUCCCCGUGAGAGGUUCAGACCUGGGGGUUUGCGGGCGCACCCUGACCCCCCCAGGUUACAGUGGGUCCCGCUCCUGCAUCUCGUGUCCUCUCUUCUGCGUUUGGACAAAAUGUAUGAACGGCACAAGAGGCGCUACAGCCUGUGCGACAUCUCCAAGGUGGACAGGACCGUGGACGUGGUACUGCUGAAGAUAAACCGAGAAAACUGGUGUACCAUUGAGCCGUGCCCUGACACAGCAUCUCUUCUGGCUCCCACGCAGAGCCCAGAAUGUGACAGCUUCCUGGAUGUUGGACUGGGCCGAGAGUGUGCCUCAAAACCAGAUGUCCUUAAAAGAGAAUCUGGGAGUGAUUCUGACCUUUUUCACUCACCCAGUGAAGACGUGGACAGCAUUGUCUUCUCCAAGCCCGAGGAGGAGCAGCUGGCCUGCGAUGUCACUGGAUCCAGUUCCUCCACCGAUGACACGGCGUCCCUGGACCAGCAUUCGUCUCACGGCAGUGAUGUGUCCCUCCCCCAGGUUUGCAGUUUGAACAGGUCCCGAGACCCGCAGUGUCUCAACGGCUUCUACAGCCAUGGGCUGGGAGCUGAGGGUCGAGAGAGCGAGAGCGAGCCCGCCGGCUCGGGUGAGAUGGAGGAGGAGGAGAUGGACAGCAUCACCGAGGUGCCCGCGAGCUGCUCUGUCCUGCGGAGCUCCAUGCGCUCUCUGUCCCCUUUCCGGAGGCACAGCUGGGGUCCCGGGAAGAACGCAGCCAGCGACGCAGAAAUGAACCACCGGAGUUCAAUGCGAGUUCUUGGGGAUGUUGUCAGGAGACCUCCCAUUCAUAGGAGAAGUAUGAGCUGGUGUCCCUCUGGUGUGCAAUACUCUGCUGCCCUGAGCGCUGAUUUUAAUUACAGAAGUUUCAGUCUAGAAGGCUUGACAGGAGGAGCUGUUAUUGGAAACAAGCCGUCCUCAUCUCUUGAAGGAAGCUCUUCAAACACCAAAGAACUCAGGCACCCUUUCAGUGGCCAGGAAAGGGGUGACUCUCUGGUGUCGCUUUCAGAAGAGGAUCUUGAAUCAGGCCAGAGGGAACAUAGAAUGUUUAAUCAGCAGACAUGUCACAGAUCUAAACAACAGGGAUUUAACUACUGUACAUCAGCCAUUUCUUCUCCACUGACAAAAUCCUUCUCAUUAACGACAAUCAGCCAUUCUGGGUUGGACACCCAGCAGCAGAUGCGGCCAGCACGGCGGAUCUCGCUCUCCGUCAGCAUCUCACCUCUCCUCCUUAAGUCUAAAACUCUCUUUUCUCUUGGCUCUUCUCACUCCAGUGAUGAGGAGGAGGAGUUGCAUAGUUCACGGCCCUUCCACAGCACCAGUUCUAAUCUGACUGGGAGUAUAACAGAAGAGAACUUUAAUUUCCUGCCACAAAGCCCCAAGAAAGAUUUUGAAAUAAAGAGUGGAACCAAAGUCAGUCGUACGUUCAGCUACAUCAAGAACAAAAUGUCCAGCAGUAAAAAGAGCAAGGAAAAGGAAAAAGAGAAAGAUAAAAUUAAGGAGAAGGAGAAAGACUCUAAAGAGAAGGAGAAGGACAAGAAGACUGUGAACGGGCAUGCAUUCAGUUCCAUCUCCGUUGUGGGUCCCUUUAGCUGCCACCAGUGCAUGAAGCUCUUCACCAGCAAAGAUGCCUACACGUGUGCAAAUUGUGGCGCCUUGGUCCACAAAGGCUGCAGAGAAAGUCUGAGCUCCUGUGCAAAGGUCAAAAUGAAGCAACCCAAAGGGAACAUGCAGGCACACGACACAUCCUCGCUGCCCACAGUUAUCAUGAGAAGCAAGUCCUCCCAGCCCAAGGAGCGCCCUCGGUCAGCCGUCCUCCUGGCCGAUGAAACCACUGCUGCCCCCGUGUUUGCUAACAGACGGUCCCAGCAGAGCACCAUGCUUUCCAAAAGCGUCUCCAUUCAGAACAUCGCUGGAGUUGGCAACGAUGAGAACAUCUCGAACACCUGGAAGUUCCUGUCCCACUCAACAGACUCGCUGAAUAAAAUCAGCAAGGUCAACGAGUCCACGGAGUCCCUUACGGAUGAGGGAGUAGGUACAGACAUGAAUGAAGGACAGCUAAUGGGAGAUUUUGAGACUGAGUCCAAACAGCUGGAAGCAGAGUCUUGGAGUCAGAUCGUGGAUAGCAGGUUUCUGAAACAACACAAGAAAGAUGUCGUCAAGCGGCAAGAAGUGAUUUACGAGCUGAUGCAGACAGAGUUCCACCACCUCCGCACCCUCAAGAUCAUGAGUGACGUCUACAGCCGGGGCAUGAUGGCCGACCUGCUCUUCGAGCAGCAGAUGGUGGAGAAGCUGUUCCCCUGCUUGGAUGAGCUCAUCAGUAUCCACAGCCAGUUCUUCCAGCGCAUCCUCGAGCGGAAGAAGGACUCCCUGGUAGAUAAAAGCGAGAAGAACUUUCUCAUCAAGAGGAUCGGGGACGUGCUUGUGCAGCAGUUCUCGGGGGAGAAUGCCGAACGCUUAAAGAAGACAUACGGCAAGUUUUGUGGGCAGCACAACCAGUCUGUGAACUACUUCAAAGACCUCCACACCAAAGACAAGCGCUUUCAGGCCUUUGUGAAGAAGAAGAUGAGCAGCUCGGUCGUUCGGAGGCUGGGAAUCCCCGAGUGCAUAUUGCUUGUAACCCAGCGGAUCACCAAAUACCCGGUUUUGUUCCAGAGAAUACUGCAGUGUACCAAAGACAACGAGGCGGAGCAGCAGGACCUGACGCAGUCCUUGGGCAUGGUGAAGGAAGUGAUCAGCGCCGUGGACAGCAAGGUGGCAAGUUAUGAAAAGAAGGUCCGUCUGAACGAGAUCUACACGAAGACCGACAGCAAGUCAAUCAUGAGGAUGAAGAGCGGCCAGAUGUUCGCCAAGGAGGACCUGAGGCGGAAGAAGCUGGUGCGGGAUGGGAGCGUGUUUCUGAAGAGCGCGACCGGGAGGCUGAAAGAGGUUCAGGCGGUCCUGUUGACUGACAUCUUGGUCUUCCUUCAAGAAAAAGACCAGAAGUACGUCUUUGCGUCAUUGGACCAGAAAUCAACAGUGAUCUCUCUGAAGAAGCUGAUUGUGAGGGAAGUAGCGCACGAGGAGAAAGGCUUGUUCCUCAUCAGUAUGGGGAUGAAGGACCCGGAGAUGGUGGAAGUCCACGCCAGCUCCAAGGAGGAGCGCAACAGCUGGAUUCAGAUCAUCCAGGACACGAUCAACACCCUGAACCGAGAUGAAGAUGAAGGAAUUCCUAGUGAGAACGAGGAAGAAAAGAAGAUGUUGGACACCAAGGCCCGGGAGUUAAAAGAGCAACUUCAGCAAAAGGACCAGCAGAUCCUGCUCCUGCUGGAAGAGAAGGAGAUGAUUUUCCGGGACAUGACUGAAUGCAGCACGCCCUUGCCAGAGGACAGCUCCCCAACCCACAGCUGUAGAACCCUCUUCCGCUCCAACACAGAAGAGGCUCUCAAAGGAGGACCUUUAAUGAAAAGUGCAAUAAAUGAAGUGGAGAUCCUGCAGGGUCUGGUGAGCGGCAGCCUAAGAGGCUCUCUUGGGCAGGUCGUCAGCAGCCCCUCGGAGCAGGAGGGCGUGGUCGGCCCCGUGUCCCUGCCCCGGAGAGCGGAGACCUUUGGAGGGUUUGACAGCCAUCAGAUGAACGCGUCAAAAGGAGGUGAGAAGGAGGAGGGAGACGAUGGCCAGGACCUCAGGAGGACUGAGUCGGACAGCGGUCUGAAAAAGGGUGGAAAUGCUAACCUGGUAUUUAUGCUUAAAAGAAACAGUGAGCAGGUCAUCCAGAGCGUCGUCCAUCUCCACGAGCUCCUCAGCACUCUGCAGGGCGUGGUGCUGCAGCAGGACAGCUACAUCGAGGACCAGAAGCUGCUGCUGAGCGAGCGGGCACUCACGCGGACGGCGUCGCGGCCCAGCUCCCUCAUCGAGCAGGAGAAGCAGCGCAGCCUGGAGAAGCAGCGCCAGGACCUGGCCAACCUGCAGCGGCAGCAGGCGCAGCACCUGGAGGAGAAGCGGCGGCACGAGCGCGAGUGGGAGGCCCGCGAGAGGGCGCUGACGGAGCGCGAGGCGCGCCUGGCGCAGCGCGAGGACGAGCUUCGGCGCGGCCGCCAGGACCUGGAGCACGAGCGCGACGGGCUGCAGCAGCGCAAGGCCGCCUACCAGGGCGACCUGGAGCGCCUGCGCGCCGCCCAGCGGCUGCUCGAGCGCGAGCAGGAGCAGCUCCGGCGGGACUCGGAGCGGCUCAGCCAGGUUUCGUAUCAAAACACCAAGCUGCUGCGGAUCCCAUCCUUCUCUCCGAACCCCGAGGAGACCCCCUCUCCACCUGCACCUUCAAUAGCCAAAUCAGGGUCAUUGGACUCAGAACUCUCGGUGUCCCCCAAAAGGAACAGCAUGUCUCGGACACACAAAGAGAAGGGGCCUUUUCACAUGCUGGGUUCCGCCAGCCAGACAAACAGGGCGCCAGAGUCUCAGAGCCAGACCCCAGUGUCCACGUCCACGUCCACCCGCCUGUUCGGGUUAGCUAAGCCAAAGGAAAAGAAGGAGAAAAAGAAGAAGGGCAAAGGAAGCCGCUCACAGCCCGGGGACGGCCCUGCUUCGGAGGUACCCGCUGAGGGGGAGGAGAUUUUCUGCUGACCGGUCCCGCUGCUGUCCUGUAUGGUGACCGUUCACCCCCGCCAUCCUGUGCGCACUGCCCCCCACCGACGCCCGUGCCUGGCAGCCCUCCCCGCUGCCCCAGGGCCUGGGCCCGAGGGACACACGGUCCUGGGGGUCAGGGUGGGGAAGGAGGCCCAGGAUUGCAACCCAACCGCUGGCCAGCCCUGCUGAGGUCACAUUACAAUGAGGAUAGUGGCCCCGGAAGUCCAGGGGAUGGUUGUGACAUGUCAGGAAUGCCUCAAGGCCGAGAGGGUGUUUGCGAAUGUGGUCUGAAGCUCUGGGACAGAACCAAAAAUCAAACCGCAGGUAGUUUGCGCUUCAUCUGAAUGCAUACAGUACCCGUCUGUAUAGACACGUGGAAUACCACGGACCGUGCAUCGUCUGCACCAGACGCCUGGCGGGCUCAGCUCAGCUCUGCUCAAGGGCGCUACCCCACCACCACUCCGGGGGGUGUGCUCUGAGUCUCAUCCAGCAUUCCCCCCGGGCUGUCUCCUGGCAAACCUACCCGUGCACACUUCACACCCACUGCUGUGUGUAUUUCUCACUCAGAAGGGACGGCAAACAGUUGUGAAUACCAGUGAAAGAAGGCUGGAUGUCUUUAAAAAGCAAAUGAUCCUGAAACACCUUGAUUUUGGUGGUUCAGUCACUUUGGGGGGAAAAAAAAAGUAAUGUCAUCAGGUCUAAAAGAAAUCCUAUAUUGGCUUUCCAAGAUGUUUGCUCAUGGAUUCUGGGCACAGAUGAAGUGGAGAGGUUACCUCCCAGUCACCCCUGCAGAGUGACACUUUCCGGUCAUCACUGGCCAUUCACAUGUGACCGCGACCCCCUGGCUGUCCCCCUAGGGCCUCUCAGUGGCUCCCUAGGGAAGCUGUUUUUGCCUGCGCCCCCGCCAGGGGAAAGGGUGGCCCCCCGGCGCUCCUCUGCCUGCCCUGGGGCCACCUGCCUCUUCCUCCGGGGUGGGGUGACCGCCCUAUCCUAGGCAAUUGGCUGAAAAGCAGGUGCAGGUAGGCGCGUUGGGGGUAUGAAGUGGUUCCCUCCAGUUCAGACCAGGAGACAAGCUGGUCCCGAAGGUAUGGCCUGGAAGGGUCUCCUUCUGUCAGGAGGCCUGGCACAAUUUUGAUUUCUCCAAGUUUUGCAGUCUAAAGUUCUGAUGGUUAUUAUAUUCUGUCCCUUGAAGAUGCCACAAGUGCUGUCUGCAUGUUCUUUUUCCUUCUCUCUUUUUUUCUGUGUUUCCAUCUGUAUUCCUGGAGGCUCGUCACCAGCCGGCCAGUGCAGAGUCUUUCCCCAUGAGGCCCCCGCACCUGCCACGCUUGUUACCUGCCUCGUGGUGGGGGGAGACCCUGGAAAAUUCUGUGCUUCCUAUGUGGCCUUUGAUUCCUGCCUUUCGCCCCUCAGGAGCAUAGGUCUUUGAACUUAACCUUUCUAAAAACAAACAGAUCUGUACCUUGGUGCUUGUUGAUGAAUUGCAAGCUGGCCUUGCAGAUGGAGAUAUCUAUCUUUCAGUUUAUUUGAAAGAGGUCUGGUUUAAAAGUUUUAGCUUUAGAUUUGUUUUAUUUAUUUGUGUGCCGGGUGCGUGUGUGUGUGUGUCCGUGUGUGUGCGUAUGUGCGUGUUAAGGGUGAACACACCAGCUCAACGGUUUUGACUGUGUCCGGUCAGGCAGCCUGCGCUGCAUCCUCACUCCUCCAGGUCUGUCAAAGUGCCUUGAAGGCCCAAAGGAAAAUUAAGGAUGGCGGGUGAAGUCCCUUUCCUUCCCUCCUCCCACCCCAACCUCAUUCUUUGACCAAGAGAGGUCUUCUUCCUUGCUUGAGAGUUAAAAAAAACUUGCCACCCAUGGGUUCCAUGUGCCUCGUUUUUAUCACGGCAAUCUCUUACCCUUCAGAAAUGCGUUGAGAACCAGCUGAUCUUCUACUGAACCUCGAUAUGCGCCCCCAUCCCCAUCCCCUAACCAAAGACCCUAAACAUUGGAAGGUUAGGUUGUCUCCGCUGCCGAUCCCUGCAGCUCCAAGGAUGGCUGGCCUGCUGUGGCCCUGCUUAGACCCCGGGGAGCUCGGCGCUCUGUCCUUGUCACUGGUUUGGGAUCCCCGUCCCGCAGAGAGCGGCUUUGCUGGAAGAAGGGGCCGGUGAGCGGGGACCUGCGUCCUCCUGGCGUCUGUGUAGGCCCGGCGCCCCUGGCUCUGGGCGUGAAGCCGGCGCUCGGUGCUGGCGGCCUUGCCCUCACACAGGCUCUGCACCAGAGGCGCCCGGACGGUUUCUGGCCGUCGCCACACAGCUGGGUUUCAGUUUCAAAGUGUCCUUCAUUCCCACCUAGUUGUGAAGUUGAGGUUGCCUUGGCUGUUUGGUGGUAGUUUUCUGAAACGAUUAGCCCUCCGCCUGCACCCCACAACUUAAAAAAUAACCUGGUCGGGUUGUGCUUGGACAGGUUUCAAAUCUGAAUCCGAGGGCGUCUCCCCCGACCCAGACCUGUGCUUCUCUGUGCCUUGGCCCCCCUUCCCGUCCGGUGUAGGGUUUGGGGAGCCACCUAGGAUUCCUGUUGCUCCUGCUUUUGCUUCAGACCUCGAAGCCGUCUCCGACCUCGAGGCCUGACCUGGUUGCUGCGGUUUCUUUCCUGUGAGAAGGGGCUGCCUCUCCGGGUGACUCAGACUCUGCUCUCCGCAGCGUCUGAAGGCGAGCUUCUCAGCUUAGGGAAUCAGGGGCCUGACCUCCCUUGUGUUUAGGUUUUGGGGGGCAGAUGGAGACGCCACCCAGGGUCCCCAGGUUCCCAGAAUCUCGUGAGUUCACCUGGAAGGAGGCUGCGCCUUCUCUCGGGACUCCCGUCAUCUCAGCGGUCGCUGUCCUAGUCUGGCGACGGGCGACAUGUGCACUUUAAACGCUCCCCACGGUUGGCUCCAACGCGACAAUCAGCUAUUGACUGUUUUCUUUGAAAACGGAGAGGCCUAAGAGCAGCCCAGUUGCCGUCACUCAGCCUUUACCAACAUCCCCCUCUGCCGCCACGAGAGCUGUCUGUGGGAAGGCGCUCCCUAAUGAGGUUUCAGUUUUUAUUUGGAAAGGUACGAACCUACCUUUUAUCCUCUCACGUCUCAGGGUAAUACCACUAAAAGUUGUUCUUUGCGGACAUUCUCCUGUUACUUGUUGUCUUCCCAAGCCCCUAGUUUCAGCGGUAGGGAGCACGCGCUGUAAGACCCUUGGGGUUUGUUGCCCCUUUGUUUGGAGGGUGGGUGUUAGUGUGUAGGAGUUUAUAAACAGGCCCCACCUUAGCUAAAAGGUAGCACCAUUAGCCUUAGGGCCAGACCUCCAACCCGGAAGGUGUGGUUCACAGAAGUACUCUGUAAUUCAUUCAUCAGACCCCAAGGUUCUUUUUUCCACAGCCAGUUCUUGCUCCCGAGGAUCUGUUGUCAGCUUGGAGCUGUGGGUGUUGAUGCAGCGUUGAUGGGGGGCCCGGUGUGUCCCGUGGACGACCAGGCCCAGGGGCUGGUGGGGGGGGGAAGUUGGGAGAAACGGACUGGACAGUGGGCUUCAGCAGCCUAUAAAGAGGGUGGUUCGAAUGGGACCCCAGCCACUGCCAAGGGCUCUGGACAUGCUUGGACUGCAGACGCCCAGAAAGAACCCUCCGUGUCGCGGUGGCAGGGACCAAGGCACAGUGCCGCCAUCCCGCAGCAGGGCCAUGGGACAUGCUCACCGGCGGCCCCGGGUCACAGCUCCAUCUGGCGCCGCUGCUCCGACCUACCCUCAGAGACAAGAAGACCAGGGGUUCGUUUUGGUUGGCUUCUUCAUUUUCUUUUUUGCAGUGUAGCGUAACAUUCCUAGUUAACCAGCGCUUUGAAAUCUACUGCCUGCUGGCCAGGUUUUAAGACAAGAAGUCUUUCAGUGCUGCCAUAAGAGGGAAAAAGACAAAAAAAAAACACAAAGGCUUCUUUCCAUGUACCGAUCAAAUUUAAUUUGUCAGAAGCUUAGCUGGCCUUGAGUUCCUUCUCCAUCUUGCGAAGGUUUAAUUAAAGACGGGCAGACCCAGCUGGCUGACGUGUCUCCUGCCGCAGACAGCGGCCGCCUGCUCCGGACCCCCGGGUCGCGCCGAGCCUCUGCUCACCCCGCCCUCCACCGCCCAGGCCGCCCCGGGCUCCGGGGCCUUGAUGGGCCACCGCCGUCACAGUUCCGUCUGAGGUUCCCGGCAUGUCACCCCACCUGCCACGCAGGACACCCCAGGAUGUGCAGGAGGGCGGUUCCCAGACACCUGAUACCUCUGCUGUCCUUUUGUCGUUUUCAGAUGCUAAAUGGACAUUUCUGUGCAUUUAUUUCUAUUAAAUAAAGAGGGGUUAAAACCCAGAUGCUGUAUAUUAAUUUGUAAUUAUGUAUAAAGUAAAAGCAGUUUUAAACUGUAAAGGUUGUUGUUUUCUUUUUUUUUUCAGUGUGUUUCCUGGAAUUUUGCCACAACAUACUGGCUUUGUAUUUUAUUUAUCUUCCUUUCUAGUUAUCAGCUUCAGACCCUUGUAAAGCCCCCCUCCACCUUCCAAAAAAGAAAUAAUAAUAAUAAAUGUCCUUUAAGUCUCGA